AUGAAAAGAUUAAAAAUUGGAAUUCGACCGCAAUUGAUAUUCUUGGUGGGGUUUGCAUGUCUAGUAUCCCUUUUGAUAUUGGGCUUGGUAACAGGUAUCUACUUUAGUGAUAACUUAAAGAGUCUACGAUCGGAAAGGUUACUGGUGAUUUCACAAUUGAAAAUAGUUCAAGUACAGCAAGCAAUGGCUUUUCUAGAUAUAACAGUAGACUCAUUAUCGCAAGUGGAUACAAUAAUAUCGCCAUUGAAAAGUGACUUGAAUGGGAACACCCUGUCCCUCUUAUACAAGGAUGUCGAAAGUUUGUUUCAACAGUAUUUAUCAACAGAUAUCUUUUUAUCUGCAAGGCUAUAUAACCGUCAACUAGAAAUAGUCAUGUCCACUAAAAACGAACCAAUAAUUUUAUCACAAGGUUUGAAAGAUAGAUUGUACCCGAUUCCGUCAGGAGGACCACUCCCAUUCGUAGUACAGGAAUACACAUCUGAUUCAUUUUAUUAUACCGGGCCCUACCCCAAUAAUACCGAUAGCUAUAAUCUGUCCUACUUUGCAGGAACCACUGCGGCCAUUUACGAUCAAAAUGACCCAAGUUCCAACAGGACUUUAAUCGGAUACAUAUCUGUUAUAUCCUCAGCUAACUCAAUCUACCAGGCAUUGAAUACUACAACAACAGACUAUUGGACAUUGGCCAUUAGACCCUUUUAUGAAGGAAACGCAAUAGAUCAUUUGAAAAAUGAGACGCUGAACAUAACAGCAUUCCAAACAGUGUUUUUCAACAAUAGAGGCGUUAUUAGACCUGGUGUAGUCUACCAAAUUAACCGAAAUAGUUUUGUUAAAAAAGCAUUCAACUCCAAAGCAUCAAAUGGCGUUCUGACUAAUGUAAGGUCGGUAAAUGGUGAUAAAUUGGCGGUUGGGUAUAGAAAAGCAACAUUUAGUAAUUGGAAUUGGUUAAUCGUAACGGUACAAAAAAAGUCAACUUUUAAUGCCCCUGUAACAAAACUAAAAAAGAUCAUUAUUGGUGUUGUCAUUGGAGUUGGAGCUUUUAUGUGUAUGUUGACGUUUUCCCUUGCCUUUUGGUUUAUUCGACCGAUUACUAGGUUGAAGGAGGCAACCAUAUCAAUAACGCGAUUCAAAAAGGGAAGAACUAUGGAGAGCGGUACUAGUCCUUCACCCUCGAACGAUACGCCAACUAUGGAAAAGUUUGACAAACGCAAUAGUGUACAUUCUAUCUCGACAGGAUCAGGAUCUGUUUAUUCAACUGGGUUUCGGGUGCCACCACGGAUACCGCCAUCGAAGAUGCUUUUCAAGGAUGAAUUAACAGAAUUGACAGAAGCGUUCAACAUAAUGACUGAAGAAUUGGAGAAGCAGUACACCCACUUGGAAGAUAGAGUUCGCUUAAGAACUAAAGAACUUGAAGCUUCAAAAAUUGAAGCAGAGUCGGCAAAUGAAGCGAAAACAGUAUUUAUUGCAAACAUAUCUCAUGAAUUGCGAACACCACUCAAUGGUAUUUUGGGAAUGGCGUCUAUAGCAAUAGAGGAAAACGACCGGGAUAGAAUGAAGGAUUCCUUGAAAUUAAUUUAUCGGUCAGGGGAAUUGUUGUUACAAAUUUUGACCGAAUUAUUGACAUAUUCAAAAAACACAUUAAAUAGAUCAAAAUUGGAAAAAUCGAAUUUCCAAAUUCUCGAAAUCACAUACCAAAUACAAUCAAUAUUCAGCAAAUUGGCACAAGACCAAAGAGUAAAUUUCAAGAUCCUGGUAAGACCAAAUAUCUUUAGAAAGUUGAUUCUAUAUGGCGAUUCCAAUAGGAUCAUACAAAUCAUAAUGAAUCUCGUUUCAAAUGCACUUAAAUUCACCCCGGUUGAUGGAUUUGUUGAUGUAUCGUUUAGACUAUUGGGUGAUUAUGAUUCUGUGAGAUCUGAAAAAAGUAAAUUUGAACAAGUUUAUGCGAUGCCAUCGACCAACAACAACAAAGUCAUAACAAAAACAGAACCACUCUCACCUGUUUUGGAGUCUGACCGACGAACAGAUUAUUUUGCACCUAACAUUACACCAACAUCCAAACAACAAGAGAACAUUGACGACUUAACGAACAACAAGAAAAACAACAAAGACAGUGACAAUAAGAAUAAGAAUAACAAUAGCAAUAACAAUAACAAUAACAAUAACGAUUACGAUUCACAAAGUAUGACGACCAUUUCAUCUGCACAAUACGAAAAGAAAAUACAGGAAUCUCAAUUUAAAAAACCAAAUUCCAAUACACUUAGUGCGUGUUACAGGACUUUACUGGAGGGGGUUUCACUUAAAGUUAGCAGAACAUCAUCGGUGACUACGAUAAAUAACGAUCAAUCAAGCGUGAAUAGACUCACGUUAACUCCAUCUACGAGUGAAUACAAAGGGUACCCCAAUUUAGACAAAAAGUUAGAUCUUAACUCUAGCUUAGCCAAUAAUGAAAUCAUCAAAAAUGAUAAAGUUUUUAAGGUUAGAAACAUGUAUGAGCCAAAAACAUGGGUUAUACAAGUAGAAGUUAAGGACACGGGUUCCGGAAUAGAACCUCUGUUACAAGAGAAAGUAUUUGAACCGUUUAUACAGGGAGACCAAACCUUGAGUCGAAGUUAUGGAGGUACUGGAUUGGGAUUGAGUAUAUGUAGACAACUUGCGAAGAUGAUGAAUGGAACACUAGUACUAAAAUCGGAACUCGGACAAGGAUCUACAUUUACGUUGACUUUGCCAUUACCACAGACUGGAGAAAUUGUGGUUCCUCCUCAAGACUUUGAAGAGUUUUGUAAUGACGAAUUUAACCCCAAUUCCAAGGUAAAUAGAAAAGUUGCUUUUGAUGAUAAUGCUGUGGUUGUUCUUGGUGAAACUAAUACCGAAACAGACAAGAUAAAAGUGAAAAAUAUGGUCAACCUGGGUGAUGACAAUAAAAAGACCAUACCAACUCUGGGAGCAUCUUUAUUCUCAUCUGAUUCCAAUGGCUCUGUGAAUAAGAGUUUUAAGAAAUCGUCAUUCAUUGAUAAGCCGGAACUAUUGCAUCAAACCUCAACAGGUACUGCGGAUCCUGGACUAAUAGCCAACCAAAACACAACAGUUUCAUCAGACGAGAAUUCUUUUUGCUUGACAAGUGCAAGGAUACUAGUUGCAGAAGACAACAAGGUGAAUCAAGAAGUCAUCAAAAGAAUGCUACGACUCGAAGGAUUCACCGAUACCACCAUGGCAUGUAAUGGAGCUGAAGCAAUUGAGCUCCUUAAAAAGGCUCAAUCGGAAGAACAACCAUUUGAUAUGAUAUUUAUGGAUGUUCAAAUGCCACAGAUUGAUGGACUAUUAGCAACAAAGAUAAUAAGGCAGGAUUUGCAAUACACUAGACCGAUAAUUGCUCUCACGGCUUUUGCAGAUGAAAGUAAUGUUAAAGAGUGCUAUAAUUCAGGUAUGAAUGGAUUUUUAGCAAAGCCAAUCAAGAGGAAUGGUUUGAAAAAGGUUUUCCAGGAAUUUGGGCCUAUUUUAUUGGAUGAGAUAUUAAAGCAUAAAAAGGAGGAGACGAUAACUGACAAGGGGAAAGACGUCGAAUGGAUACAAUAA